CACCUGACACCAUGUGCUGCUCCCCUUGCUGCCAGCCCACCUGCUGUGGAUCCAGCUGUUGUGGAUCCAGCUGUUGCCGGCCCAGCUGCUGCUGCCGCCCAUGCUGUGUGUCCAGCUGCUGCCAGCCUUGCUGCAGCCCAUGCUGUGGGUCUAGCUGCUGCCAGCCUUGCUGCCGCCCAUGCUGUGUUUCCAGCUACUGCCAGCCUUGCUGCCGCCCAUGCUGUGGGUCCAGCUGCUGCCAGCCUUGCUGCCGCCCAUGCUGUGGGUCUAGCUGCUGCCAGCCUUGCUGCCGCCCAUGCUGUGUGUCCAGCUGCUGCCAGCCUUGCUGCCGCCCAUGCUGUGUGUCCAGCUGCUGCCAGCCUUGCUGCCGCCCAUGCUGUGUGUCCAGCUGCUGCCAGCCUUCUUGCUGCUGAUCACCCUGACUUAAGUGCCACCAUCUGCAUGCAACACCUUCUGUGAAUUGACUUGCAAUUUUGGAAAUAAAUUCACUUCCAAAUGUUGCUGAAAGCCAGCAGGUGGUCACC